AUGACCUCCGUCGCCAAGCGGCUCGGGCGGGUGAUCCCCCUCCCCAACCUCCGCCUCACCCUGCGCCCGCCCGACGCCAAGCGCGCGAUCGAGGGCGUGGACGAGGUCACGUUCAUCACCACCCCGGACGCGACCAAGACGGAGAUCAAAUCAUUCCUCGAACGCGUCGUCGGCGUCGCCGUCGCGGACGUUCGCACGGCGAACCGGGUGGGGAAGAAACGACGCGAUCGCGGGGGCCUCCAUCACCGCCCGGACACCAAGCUCGCGUACGUGCGCCUGCGCGAGCGAUGGUUUCCGCCGCCGGCGUUUCGCGCAAAGGCGCCCGCGGACGCCGCGUCCGCCGCCGACGCCGCGCCAUCGUCCGCGGCGUCGCGCGUGUAA